AACCGUCCAUCGAAGCCGAUCGACGAAGGAUGGGCCGAGCGUUCUACGAUGAUCCGGUUGAGAUGUGGCUCUGGUCGUCGAUUCUCGAGCCGACGGUCCAGUUCGUGCGCCUUCCCUCGCCCACCGCCGUCGGUCCCCUGGCAUCAAGGCCAACGAUGCUAACACUCGAUCCCGACACCGGCAGCCUAGGGCGACGACCGAUGGUGACCGCCAGUGGACCGGGAGUCGCACGCACGGCAUCACCAUACAUCGGCUACAUUGGCUACAUGCAGCGUUUCAAUUUUUCCGUCAACAUCGAUCCGUCCCUCGUCGACGUCGAUGGGGCCAACUCGGGCUCCAGUGCCAGUGGCGACCAGUGGGACCAGUCCGGGGAGGAGGAAGGCCAACAGAUGGAUGGGACGCUACACAACUACUGGGCACUGCUGGCCAUCAUACUGGUGUUCGGUACGGCCGCCGGUAACAUCCUCGUCUGCCUGGCCAUCGUCUGGGAACGGCGGCUACAGAACGUCACCAACUACUUCCUGAUGUCGCUCGCCAUCACCGACCUGAUGGUGGCCCUCUCCGUCAUGCCACUCGGCAUCCUGACGCUGGUCAAAGGCCACUUUCCGCUCGAUUCCGAGUACUGUCUCGUGUGGAUCUGCCUGGACGUUCUGUUCUGCACGGCCAGCAUCAUGCACCUGUGCACCAUCUCGGUCGACCGGUACCUGUCGCUACGCUAUCCGAUGAAGUUUGGUCGCAACAAGACGAGACGGCGCGUCGUGCUGAAGAUCAGCUUCGUCUGGUUGCUAUCGAUUGCCAUGAGCCUCCCGCUGAGCCUCAUGUACUCGAAGAACCAUGCGUCGGUGCUGGUCAACGGGACCUGCCAGAUACCGGAUCCGGUGUACAAGCUGGUCGGUUCGAUCGUCUGCUUCUACAUUCCGCUGUGCGUGAUGCUGAUCACGUACACGCUCACCGUGCGGUUACUGGCACAGCAGAGCGAAAACCUGGGCGGCAUCGGCAGUGGGGGCGGCUGGUCCAGUGGCUGGCUCGGUCAGGCGCCACCGUUCGAUCGACGCAACACCUGGAAGCGGAUCAUUAAGCUGAGCCUUCCGGCCACCCCAAACCAGCACGCACACUCGGCCGCUUCCACCGACACGGAGCUGUCCACGCUGGACAAUCACGAUCUGUGGCUGCUGGAGUCGAGCAUCCCUGAACCGAGCUCUAUUACCGUGACCGCGAUGCAGCGAUUCGGCGAAGAGAUGCUGAAGCUCUCCCAGGGCCUGGAGUCGGUGGCCCAGCAUGACGAUAGCGGCCGCGUGAUGCACAAGACACCGCGCGAAGGAGACUCCUGCAACAGAAAGAAGAGUGGCGUGGCGAAGGGUACGGAGGGCACCGGAGGUAUACCGGUGACGCUCUCGGUGUCACGGAAACGCCGCAGUUCCACCUCCGCCUGGCUCGCUAGGCGCAACUCGGGCACUCCGCCACCGGUCCGGUUGGUUCGGAAGCGCUUCAAAAGUUUACCACACUCCGCACCGGACGACGCGGACGCGGACGACUCGAUCGAGGUGGACGAACGGUUCCUGGAGGACGUACUAUCGGCCAGGGGGACGGGCCGGGAUCGACGGACGGACAACAACGCCGGCGCCAGCACAGCGCACAGUGAGCCGCCAGUGGCCACCGGACUUCGGUUACCGCCACCGUGCAAGUGUCCGUUCUUUGGCGAGGGCGCUACCAACCGGCAACCGUAUCUGCGGCCGGCGGAAAUCAAAAUCAUCAAAACGGCAACAACGCCUGGUGACUACGGUUUGCCCUCCGGUCUGAUCGGUGCCACCACCACCACCACCACCGGGGACCAGCGCAGCCUCGUCUACAGCACGAUCUCCAUCUCAUCCGGUGGCGCUGGAACAACAACAACGGCAACGGCAACGGCAACGACGACGACGUCGACACGUUCCAUCUCGAGCAGCCUCUCGACGCUACCGGCAUCGGCGUUGGUGUCACCGAACCGGAAGUGCAGCACCAGCUCGAAGGGCAUCUCGGUGGUGACCUGGGACCAGCGGAGACAUCAGCGGCGUGGUUCCAGUUUCGGUGGUGCCCGCACUUCCCUUCUCCUCACACCAACCCGCGCCAGCGCAUCCAGUGUGUCGCUGCGACGCUCCGUCAACCUGCGUCACGCUGCGUCCACCUCCCGUGACUCCGACAGUGGUGGUGGUGGUGGUGCGUCUGGACCACCGAAGAAGAACAGCUCCUCGCCCUGUCUCAUCCAGCACCAGGCAUCGGCGACGGUGAUGGUGGCCACCGGUGGUGCACCGUCCGUCGCGUCACUGCUAGCGAGUGGUUCCACUGGCGGUGGCGGUGGCGGUGGCAGCGGACCGGUGGUGUCCGGUAACCAUGUCGUCCGGUCACACCAUUCCCGCAACUCGAGCAUGAUCUCACGCAACUCCUCCCGCCAUGGCCGCAUCAUACGGCUCGAGCAGAAGGCAACCAAGGUGCUCGGUGUCGUGUUCUUCACCUUCGUCAUCCUGUGGGCACCCUUCUUCGUGCUCAACCUGUUGCCGAGCGUGUGCGCCGACUGUGAGGCCAACAUCGACCAGUGGGUGUUCGAGUUCGUCACCUGGCUCGGGUACGCCAGCAGCCUCGUCAAUCCCAUCUUCUACACCAUCUUCAACAAAGCGUUCCGGGACGCGUUCCGGAAGGUGCUGCUGUGCCGGUACGCCGGGCUGAAGGCCCGCACCUGGCAACCGGCCUCCGGGUCCGCAACGGCCGCCGCGGUUGCCAACGCCGCGUCCGCUACCAGCUAGCACAUGGUGGGGUCCCGGUUGGCCAGCAGCGAACCGCUGUAGCCACGCGACCACUAGCUGAUCGUUGUCACCUUUGGCGCCAGCGUCCGUGGCCUCUAGUGUGUGCGUGUGCGUAUGUGUGCUUGUGCAGUGUGUAUGUUGGGCGUACGUAACGUGUGGGCGAGCAGUUGGACGUGUUUGGACGGUGAGUCUCUGUGUAGCG